GCUUUCGGAAUUCAGUAAGGCUCCUCCUGGGCAUGAAUCGAAACGAGAGGGAGAGACUAUCUUGCUGUAGGUAGGCGCCGCACACCCGCAACCCGGAAAGCCCUUGGGCCUGAGCCGGACCGGAAGCGGGGGCCUGGAGAGCCUAGACUCUUGUCCCUUUUGUUUUUGCGCUGAUGAUGAUCUGCCAAACUCCGAGAAUGGUGUGCUUCUGCUUCGAGGUGACCGUCGGCCGCGUGAUGAAGCCCAAGUUCGCCGAGCUGUCAAAGAGUGCAAGACGUCGCCUCUCGCAUGUCUGAUUGACGCCGUAGUCUCUCUCCGUGACUCUGUCCAUACUUCUCGAUUUUUAAAAACCUGUUUGCCAGACAGCAGAGGUCGGACCUCUCGCAGCCGCAGGGCUGUGUUGGCAAUCUCAACGAUGCAUCCUGUGGCUGCUGCUAACCGAUUCACAAGUAGCAGUAGCAGCGCUGCUAGAGGAGAUCUCGCGUUCCCCGAGAGAUACUUGGACAGCCCGACAGGCUCCCCCGAGCCCGACAGCACGAUUCACCUCCCUAACGACGUUACCGGCCACGCGCAACCCGUCGCGCCGAGCUUUGAUAUGCUGGACUCUGGACAUGGAAUUUCCAGCUUCUGGUCGCAGAGCUGGCUGGAGCAAGGGCAGCCAGUGCUCCAUCAGCAUUCCCUCCACAAUGCAGGGACAACCUCUCUACAUCCGGUAACCAACUGCGCCGUCUUUCUCGACACCCCGAUACUGCCCGACCAGGUCGACUGGGACAUGCUCCAGGCGGCAGCUGAUCAGGCCGGGGAUCUGUCUUGGGCGGCUACACAUUCAGAGGUCAUCAAGAUCGAGGACGACUCCGACUCGAUACCGAGCCUCAACGAUAGCCUCGAAAGCAUCUGGUACCGACAAUCAUCAUGGCCGCCGGCCCAAAAGCUCAGGAGGCAGAGCAUGCCGAAAGUGGCGAAACCGUCUAGGCUGUCGACUGCGGGAAAUACCCAGCACGCCGCCGCCGCUACCGCACACACAAAUAGGCGUUCCCAAACUUCAGGACUAAAUCAUUACCAAGUCCAAGCCCAAGUUUCCCAGCAAUCGCCCUUGUCUCCUCAGUCUUCGGAAAGUAGCCAAGCCGUCGCCGCCUCAGCAACAGCCGACACCGCAUUUUUUUCUGACGAUCCCUCGACGAAGCUCCUCUGCAAACGUAUCGCCCACAAGCUGUCUGAGAAGAGCCGGCGGAACCGGCUAACAGUGGCGAUACGUGAGAUCCAGAAGCUCAUGCCGCAAGACCCGAGCAGCACCACGUCACACCCACGGCCGCUGCUGCCCGGCGAAGUGUCAAAGUCCACCUUCAUGGAUGCUGGAGGUGGUGGGGCCUCAGCCAGCAAGGUGGACGUGGUCGAGUUGGCGGUUGGCUACAUCAGGAGACUGAAGAAGGAAAACGAGGAUGCCACAAGACGGGCCGAAGAGGCAGAGGAACAGCUGCGAGUUUGUCGGGAGGCCUUGGCCAGGGCGGGGGACACGGUCACACACCAAGACCACCAGGAGUCGCCGGCAGUGGAGAUGGAACCCGAAGGGGGCCCAGAUGCAAGUGCAUGUACGAGUACGAAGGCAGGUCAAUGACUUGCGAAGUCGUGAAUGAGUGUAUGCGCGCAUAAUAUCCAGACAGUGGUUUGGUUCGGACGUCUUGUUCAGUCAGCG